UAUCUUUGCCAAGCGUCCGUCAGGUCACGUGGUUUACAUCUUAUUUAAACACAAUAGAAUCAUUUAGGAACAAUCGUAUUUUGAAGAGAAGGCAACUAGGACUAAGACUUAGAAGAACGAACUCUAGGACCGCCGGUAAACAACAACUGACAUCACACGAGACAUAACAUCACGGCAUGGGGACGUGGACAUACCUAUGUUUACUGGUGGCCUUCCUUCUUAACUGGUUCACUAUUGAAACAUCAGCAAACGAUCUGAUUGAUGACUGUUACAGGAACCCCGAGUUAUGCCAAGAAGUUGGGAUUUUAUUCGGUCAGCAACAGCCUGUAGACAAAAGAUUUCUUCGAUUUGGGAAGCGAGCUCUGAGUGGUGAUCACUAUAUAAGGUUUGGAAGGAACAGUGAUGACAAAAGAUUCUUAAGAUUCGGGAAACGCGGGGAGCAAGGGAGUGUCGAGGAUGAUUUACGCGAGGCUCUGAACAAAGUCAUAAAAUUCAAAGAAGAAACAGGUCUCCCGCUGAGAAAAAGAAGAUCGGCAGAUCCGCCAUUAGUCAAAGACGUUCCAGAAGAUAAAGACAGCAAUUCCACAGAAAAGGAAGAUUCAGCGUCCGAAAAACACAAACGUGAAACCGACGAGGUUUCUGAGGAAAACAAGCGUUUCAUGAGAUUUGGAAGAACACCUGCUGAAGACGAUCCCACGUAUAUGAAAAGAUUCAUGCGAUUUGGAAGAAAUCCCGAUUUAGAGAAGAAAUUUAUGCGUUUUGGGAAAGAUGGAAACGAAAAAAGAUUCAUGCGGUUCGGGAAACGAGAGGACGAUAACAUGGUAACAGACGAUAAGCGUUUUAUGAGAUUUGGUCGCGACCCCAAGGAUGAUACACUUAUGGAAAGAUUUGUUCGUAAUGGUCGAAGCGGAGACGAUAAACGAUUCAUGCGAUUUGGUAAGCGGUUCAUGCGAUUUGGAAAACGAUUCGAUAAUGAUGGUGAAUAUGAUGAUGAAGACGAAAUGGGCGCAGAAAAAAGGUUCAUGCGAUUCGGCAAAAGUGGAGAUGAAGAAAAGCGAUUCAUGAGAUUUGGCAAAAGCGGAGACGAAGAAAAGCGAUUCAUGCGUUUUGGGAAAAGCGGCGAUGAAGAAAAACGAUUUAUGCGAUUCGGCAAAAGUGGAGACGACGAAAAGCGAUUUAUGCGAUUCGGCAAAAGUGGCGACGAAGAAAAGCGAUUUAUGCGUUUUGGAAAAAGUGGCGACGAAGAAAAGCGAUUUAUGCGUUUCGGCAAAAGUGGCGACGAAGAAAAGCGAUUUAUGCGUUUCGGAAAAAGUGGAGAUGAAGAAAAACGAUUUAUGAGAUUUGGCAAAAGUGGAGAUGAAGAAAAAAGAUUCAUGCGUUUUGGCAAAAGUGGUGAUGAUGCAAAACGAUUUAUGCGAUUUGGACGAGAUCCAACAGACAAACGUUUUAUGCGAUUCGGAAAAUCUGUAUGAUAUCCUAUGAAAAAAUUUAAAACAAUUUGAAUUUGUGAAUGUAAGCAGUAUGAUCCGUUAUUAUAUUUGUAAAUAUCAAGCUUCAAUAUUUUGAUGAGAAUGUUAAUAAAGUUGUUCAUAUGAUGUGAUUUCCGGAAAUUACAUUCAACAAAUAUUAUUUUCUUAUACAUAUUACAUAUAUUCAUACAUACUGUAUAUUAUCUUUAGUAUUUUUGCUCAACUGUGUUGAACAUGCUUGAAUAUCAUACUUCGUUUAUAAAAUAGUUGAUUACAAUAAAACGCCUUUUUGGUCA